CAGGAUUCUUGAAGCCUUUUUCUUCACCAUCACCAAACUCUGAAUCCUGUCUUUGCUUUUCUCUGCUUCUUCACACACAAAAAGAGGGAAGAAACAGAGAGCUAUGGAAAAUCCCAUUAUUUUUCUUUUAAUAAUAACAUUUUUCAGUGUUCUUCUCCAAAUAUGGUCUGUUUCAUCUUCUCCAAUAGCCGAUCCAGAAGUUGUUGUCCAAGAAGUUCUAACGAGCAUCAACAAUGCAACAGCAAGAAGGAAUUUGGGGUUCCUAUCCUGUGGAACCGGUAACCCAAUAGACGACUGCUGGCGGUGCGAUCCCAAUUGGGAAAACAACCGGAAGCGGCUAGCCGACUGCGCCAUUGGGUUUGGAAAACGAGCCAUCGGCGGCAAAAACGGCAAAUACUACGUAGUCACCGACCCCUCCGACAAGGACGUGGUGAACCCAAAACCCGGCACUCUUCGCCACGCCGUAAUCCAAAAAGAACCCUUAUGGAUCAUCUUCAAACGCGACAUGGUCAUCAAAUUGAAGGCAGAGCUUCUGAUGAACUCUUUCAAAACCAUCGACGGCCGUGGCGCCUCCGUCCACAUCGCCGGCGGGCCUUGUAUUACCAUUCAAUUUGUGACCAACAUUAUAAUCCACGGCAUCAACAUUCACGAUUGCAAGCAAGGUGGGAAUACGUACGUCAGAGACUCGCCGGAGCAUUACGGUUGGAGGACUGUGUCGGACGGCGAUGGAGUUUCGAUAUUUGGGGGCAGCCAUAUUUGGGUUGACCAUUGCUCUUUGUCUAAUUGCCGUGAUGGGUUGAUUGAUGCCAUUCAUGGAUCGACGGCUAUAACUCUUUCAAACAAUUACAUGACCCACCAUAAUAAAGUUAUGCUUUUAGGACAUAGUGAUUCCUACACUCAAGACAAGAACAUGCAAGUCACCAUUGCUUUUAACCAUUUUGGCGAAGGCCUUGUGCAAAGAAUGCCACGAUGUCGUCAUGGGUAUUUCCAUGUGGUGAAUAAUGACUAUACUCAUUGGAUAAUGUACGCAAUUGGUGGAAGUGCAUCUCCUACUAUCAAUAGUCAAGGAAAUCGAUACCUUGCUCCCAAUAACAAAGAUAGAAAAGAGGUGACAAAGCGAGAGGAUGCACCACAAAGCAAAUGGAAGAACUGGAAUUGGAGGUCGGAUGGAGAUUUGAUGUUGAACGGAGCAUUCUUCACAAGGUCCGGUGCUGGAGCGUCAUCUAGCUACGCAAGAGCAUCGAGCUUGAGUGCAAAAUCGUCGUCACUAGUGAGUUCGAUGACAGCGGGAGCAGGGGUGCUACGGUGUCGAAAAGGUUCUCGAUGUUAGUCGAACCAUCGUCAGACAAUGACGAAGAUAUAUAUGGACCAAAAUGACAGUAUAUUGAAGUAUAUUAGCAAGAAGAGAUUUGAGGAUCUUCUUGUAUACUAAUUUUUACAUUUGUCUUACUUGAUUGGUCACAAUUGAAAGGCUUUCUUUUUUUUUUUUUUUUUUUAAGAAAAAGUUGUAUUUCAGAGUGAGUGACCCACCAUUUGUAAUUCUGUCUAAUUACAAUAUAAUAU